AUGGCAAAGGCGUAUGACCGAAUGGAAUGGCCUUUCCUACAAGGGAUGUUAAAAGCUUUGGGAUUUGAUGAGAGAUGGGUGGAACGAAUUAUGUUAUGCGUGACUACAGUGUCUUAUAGGUUUUUGAUAAAUGGCUCUCCUAGUGACCCAGUCACGCCUACACGUGGUCUCAGGCAGGGCGAUCUGUUGUCACCAUAUCUUUUUAUUAUAUGUGCAGAAGGGCUUUCCCUACUACUUCAACAGGCACAGGAUAAUGGUUUAAUUCAUGGCUGCAGAGUGGCACGAGGAGCACCACCGAUUUCUCAUUUAUUCUUCGCAGAAGACAGCCUUUUGUUUUUUAAAGCUAAGCAAUAUGAGGCAGUUGAGAUUAAAAAUUGUUUGGCCAGGUAUGAAACCUUCUCAGGACAAAUGGUCAAUUACCAUAAAUCUAGUAUUUGUUAUAGCAAGAACACAUGCAGUGGGGAUAGGGAGAUGGUGGCGCAGAUCCUGGGUGUUGCCCAAGCUCCAAAUUUUGGAAAAUAUCUGGGAUUACCGGCUUUUGUAGGGAGGAAUAAAAAGGCUGCUUUUGCAUAUAUUGAGGAUAAGAUCAGGCAAAGAAUCAGCUCGUGGAAUAAGAAACUCUUAACGCAGGCAGGAACUAACAGGGGUAUUCAUUGGAAUGCAAGGGAUAAAUUGUGUGCACCCAAGAAAUAUGGAGGCCUAGGUUUCAAGGAUCUGAAGGCAUUUAAUUUGGCUAUGUUGGGGAAACAGGCUUGGCGUUUCCUAACAAAUACUGACUCAUUGGUGUCCCGUGUGUACAAAGCUAGGUAUUACCCUAAAUUAUCUUUUUCUGAGGCAAGUAUAGGGAAUAAUCCUAGCUACUGCUGGAGGAGUAUUAUGGCUGCUAAAGAAUUAAUUACCAGUGGGGUGCGACGACGUAUUGGGAAUGGUGAAUCGACUUCAAUAUGGAAGGAUCCUUGGCUCCAGGAUGAGUUGGAUCCUAUGGUCCAAACUGAGAUGCCACUACAAUUAGCAGAUGCUAAGGUUGCAGGGUUGAUUGACCAAACAACUGGGUCAUGGGAUCCCCACAUUUUAGCAGAUAUUUUUCAUCCAAAUGAUAUACCUAGAAUCUUAAAGAUCCCCAUCUCCCCGGAUUAUGAGGAUAAUUGGUAUUGGUAUGGAGAUCCUAAUGGAUGCUACUCGGUGAAGAAUGGAUACAGGCUUAUAGUGGGUACCUAUAAUACUAACAUGGGUUUUGAUAAAUGGAACACCCUAUGGCACCUCAAGAUACCACCAAAAUGGAAAAUGUUCCUAUGGAGAGCUAUGAGUAAUAUAUUACUCACCACUACUAACUUACUUAUAAAGAGGGUGGAAAUUGAUCCGACAUGUGCAAUGUGUGGUUUAAGGCAUGAGGAUAUAAUGCACUCAUUAGUGUUGUGUGACUAUGCAAAAGCCAUAUGGAGCCAAUCUAGCCUUCUAGAUUCUGAUGCAAUAUUGUUUGCAGCUGCAAUAUUAUACAAUAUUUGGAGGGCCCGGAAUGAAGCGGUGUGGAAUGCUUAUCUACCAAUGCCCAAGAAAGUCCUAGCCACGGCCUUAGCCGUUAUGAAGGCAUGGCAGUGUUUACAUGCCACUGCCGACCAACCGAGUGCUGCUCACCAACAUCCCACGCUACUGCCGCAUGUUACAGUACCGGCCAGCUCUGCCGUGUUGAUGCAACAACAGCCGCCACCGCAACAUGCCGAAGACCAUCUACCCCAACCAAGACGGUGUCACAUCGAUGCCGGAUAUCACCCGUCGACCAUGACGGCCACCGCUGGAGCAAUGUUGUUCACCCACACUGGCAAUUAUAUAUCAGCUUUUUGUGCACCUCCGCAAAGUUGCUUCUCACCACUUAUGGCGGAGGCUAUGGCAUGCAAAGAAGUAUUAUCGUGGCUCAAGAACCGGGGGGAACAAUCAGUUAACCUCUUCACAGAUUGUCAGACACUACUCUCUUAUUUGUCGUCAGCUACUAUCCAGGCACGAUCCUAUCUUGGUUACGCCCUGACAGGACAUGCGGUGCAAGGCAUAUGCAAUCAAUUAAAGAAACAACUUUUGACGUUUUCAUAUCCCAUUAACCAAAGUGCAGACAUGAAACCGAAUGUAGCAGCUAGCACUACCUUAAACCCAGUAGAAACGAUGAAAAGCGGAAAACAAAAGCCAAAGCAAAGCCACCAAAAGCCAUGGACAUAA